AUGCCUGCAACUCCUGCAUCCACUUCUGGCACUCUGAAUGCCGGAAGCCAUUACCGACCCCUGAAGCUGAGCCUUGGAACUAUUUCCUGCACAUUGGCAAUGGCUGGAUCGCGGGAAGCUGCCAACAAUGGUCUAUCUUCUGACCGGAUAAAGUAUUUUAAAGCCGAGCUGCAAUGGGAGAUGAAUUUGUAUCCCAUGCUAACCUGGAACACGGUUCCGGACGACGUCUUUUCAUUCCACCUCCUUUCAUUUGAUGAUGAGGCAAUUGCAGGACAUCCGUCCCGGAUUGUGUUUGCAUAUACAUGUCCAUGGUGGAUGGGAAACACCACAAUCCCGGAUCAACCAUGGCAGUGGGAUGAAAUAAUGGCUUCCUGCGUCUCUCACUACCAGUAUUGGGCGCUUAAUGUUGAGGAUGAUGCUUUGGUUCUUCCAGAGAAGUUGAGAAACACUUCGACUCCACCACUUAUGGGACUGAGGUGGAUUAAAGAACGCAUGGAAGCAUUGAUGGAGGAGCAAGAUGAGGGCAUCAAAGCCAAGAUGGCAGAGGUGAAGAUGUACACUGACAUGUUAGAGAAAUUGAGGAAAGGCAAAGGAGUGUAG